AUGAACGACACCUUUUUGGACGAACCCAAUGACGAUAGGAUGAUGAUGAUGAUGCCGGACGAACUCGAAGAAGAAGAUAGUGAUCAUGAUACGGGCAGCGUGGAACUCAGCCGCAUGGACGACGAUGACCGGGGAACCAUCUAUAGUUCGGAAAACAACGGCGGCAGAGCCACGGAGAAUGCCAGCAACAAGGCCGUCUUAUUGGGCAAGAGAGAAUCCAAGGCCGUCUUUAGCUCCAAAGUCUUGGUCUUUGGAGUCCUGCUUCUUUCAGCCGUCGUGGUGGCGGUGGUGACGUACAAGUUCACAAGUCAGGCCGAAGUGAAUGAGUUUGAAACGGCCUUUGAACAAGAUGCCCGCAAGGUCUUGGAGAGUUUGGGAGCGAGUCUCGACAAGGCCAUUGCCGGAGUCGAUGCCUACGUCAUGACCAUGUUGUCCUAUGCCCGCGAUACCAACCAGACUUGGCCUCGCGUAACAAUUCCUGACUUUGAAGCACGGUCGGGCAAAUUCCUCGAUCUUACCAAAGCGGCCGUCUUUAUGGAAUUCAUAUUGGUAACGCCAGAGACGCGACCCGAAUGGGAAGCCUACACCGCCAAAGAAGGACCGACGUGGGCGCAAAACAGUAUCGAUUACCUCCGCGCCAACAAUCUCUUUCAAGAUGUCUACGACGCGCGCAAUGUGACGGACGAGUCGAUUGUUUAUCUCGAUUUUGUUCAUGACUAUUCUGCCUGGGGCGUCGAGAAUCCAGUCGGAUUGCCUGCCAAUCAUAGUGGACCCAUGCUGCCCAUGUGGCAAUCGGCACCUCUCGUGCCAACAUCGCCCGUGUACAACUGGGAUCUAGCGACCGUCGCCGAGAAUGAAUCCGUGCUGCAUUGCAUUCAAGCGCAUCAGACAUCGAUUUCUCGUGCGUACAUGGUGGCAUCGGAAAAUGAUGACCCUGCCAUCAAGGUGGAAAAUGAAGCUUGGGCCGACUACUUUAGCAAUUACAUUUCGCCCCACGAAGAAGCCAUGGAGCCACUUUCUGAUUUCUACUAUCCCAUGGUCCCAGACAUGUUGGAUCAACGUGCCCUCAGUCUCGAACCAGACUAUGAUCCCACGCAACAUCAAGUUGUGGGCAUCAUGUCACAGUCCGUGUAUUGGAGAGACAUGAUCAAGGGCAUUCUGCCCGAUGGCAGCAUUGGGGUCGUGGCCGUCUUUACCAGUCCCUGCAGUGCCACUUUUACCUACGAAAUCAAUGGUCCCACCGUCCGUUACUUGGGGGGCGGAGAUCAUCACAAUGCCAAAUACAAUCCAUUAAAAUUCACGUCGUUACUACAAGAUUUGGACGAAUACAAUGCCGGUGCCAAUCGGUAUUCUUACAUUCCAUUGGAGAAAGAUCUCUGUCCCUGGUCCAUUCACAUUUAUCCCAGUCAGCAAUAUGAGGAUCAAUUUCUUACCAAGUUUCCCAUUGUCCUUACCAUUGCGGCAGUCGUCAUCUUUGCCUUUACCACGGCCGUAUUUGUCUUUUAUGACUGGUGGGUCGAACAACGACAAAUGAUUGUCAUGAAGAGUGCGCUGCGCAGUGAUGCGAUUGUCAGCUCGUUGUUUCCUUCCAAUGUCCGGGCAAGGCUCUACGACGAUCAAGAAGACGAAGAAAAGGCGAAACAAACACGAAGGUCCACAUUUGUCAACAAGCAACAAGAGCUAAACAGUGCCAGCAUUGGUGCUAGCGGUGAUGUCAAGAAGGAUACACGUCCGAUUGCUGAUUUGUUCCCGGAGGUGUCGGUUCUCUUUGCAGACCUUGUGGGUUUCACGGCCUGGUCUUCGGAACGAGAGCCCGAUCAAAUCUUUCGCUUGCUCGAGGCGCUCUAUGGGGCCUUUGACCGCGUGUGCAAGCGACGGGGCGUUUUGAAAAUCGAGACCAUCGGAGACUGCUACUUGGCCGCAUGUGGCCUUCCCGAGCCCCGGGCAAAUCACGCCGUGGUUCUUUGUCGAUUUGCCGCCGACAUUAGGGAUCUGAUGAACUCCAUCACCAACGACUUGGAGACAGAGUUGGGACCGGGAACAGGGAACUUGAAAAUUCGCGUUGGUAUUCACAGUGGGGCUGUGACAGCCGGUAUCUUGCGCACAGAUAAGGCGCGCUUCCAAUUGUUUGGGGAUACGGUCAACACUGCAGCGCGAAUGGAGAGCAACGGAAGCCCCAAUCGCAUCCAAGUGUCAUCAAAGACGGCCGAGGCUCUCGAGAAAGCUGGCAAGGGCGUAUGGAUGACCAAGCGGCAAGAUCCCAUUGAGGCUAAAGGGAAAGGCACGAUGGAAACGUUCUGGGUUGAACCGGUCUCUGGUGCUUCGACGCAUCGAAGUGCGGCUUCAAGUGUUCAAAUGAAUAACUCCCAUGUCUUUGAGGGGAAUGACGGCAUUGACGCAAUGCUUGACUUGACGGAAACUCCCGAUUCAGGCCUUACGGAACGCUUGAUUGACUUCAAUGCCAAGAUAUGUGAGGAUCUCAUUGUAAAGGUAUUGAUGCGCCGGCAGGCAAUGGGAAUGGAUCCUUCGACAGAUGAAGAAAGUAGUUCAGCAGCGGCGAUUUGGACAAAAGGAUCCAACAGUGUACGUGAUGAAGUGGUCGACACUAUCUCCCUUCCUCCUUUUCAAAAGGCCACAUUCACUGCAACAAAGACAUCUUUGGAGCCGCAAGUUGUCCACCAGCUCCACGAGUUCGUCGCGGAAAUUGCUCACUCAUAUCGCGACAACCCUUUCCACAACUUUGAGCAUGCAUCCCAUGUUACCAUGUCUGCGAACAAGCUGAUGAACAAGAUUUGUAGCCACAGCAAGACUCUGUCCCAACAAGAGGUGUACAUCCAUUCCUUUGGUGUUGCCAUGGACCCGUUGGCUCAGUUAGCUAUCAUUGUUGCGGCGAUUAUUCAUGAUGUUGACCACAGGGGCGUUCCCAAUCCUGUUCUGGCAACAGAGGAACCGUCGAUGGCUCAACGAUACUCUAAAAAAAGCAUUGCGGAACAGCACAGUGUACAUGUUGCUUGGGAAAUCUUCAUGCGUCCGACCUACUGCGACCUCCGAGCAUGUUUGUUUCCCACAAAAGAGGAGCUUGCACGCUUUCGACAAUUGAUCGUCAAUGCUGUCAUUGCAACUGAUGUGUUCGACCCUGAACUCAAAAGCAUGCGCAACAAUCGCUGGAACAAUGCCUUUUCGGAGUCAGCCCAAAGUGAGGACCCUGACUUCUUGAAUAGGAAGGGAACCAUUGUUCUGGAGCACGUCAUUCAAGCAAGCGACAUUAGCCACUGCGUGCAGCACUGGACCAUCUACCAGAAAUGGAAUCGUCGGCUCUUUCAAGAGAUGUACGAUGCUUUCUUGUCGGGACGAACGGACAAGGACCCUUCUACAGGGUGGUAUGCAGGGGAGCUAUGGUUCUUUGAUAAUUAUGUGAUUCCGUUGGCGAAAAAGCUCAAAGAAUGCAAAGUAUUUGGCGCCUCUGGACAUGAGUAUUUGGACACCGCCUACGAAAAUCGUAUCGAAUGGGAGCACAAGGGAAAAGAGAUUGUGGAGGAGAUGAAGCGAGAAAUGGCUGGUCGCUCCAACAGAAGCAAUGCAGAGUUGCAAAGCGGGGAAACUGAAUGGGAAAAUGUUGUGGAAUGCUAA